CACUUCCGUCUCCUUCUCACCUGUUCGGCUCACAGUUUGGACCUUUGGACGCUCCGAACCUGCUGCUUGGUUCCGUGAAACUGCGCAUUUAAUCCGCGCAGCUCAGGAACCGGUUUCGGUCUGCGCGUGCGUGCGCCAGGUCUGACUCAUAUAUGCGCGCGUGCACGCGGUCAUUCAUGGACAGAGGAUCCAGUGUUUGAGAUAGAAACAGGAGACAUGCGGUGUGACCUGCUCUUCCUCGCUGUAGGAAAACAUCAUCAUCAUCAUCAUCCUCAUCAUCAGGUUUUUGACCUGAAUAAAGCGGAUCAGAGGGUGAAAUGAUGUCUGGACCGAACCCGUCCUCACAGCACCACGCAGACGCACUCUGCUGCUCCGAAGACAACGCCGGGCCUGGAGACGAGUCCCUGGGCCCAGAACCGCUGCUGGAUCUGAACCAGCAACCUGUCCUCUACAGCUGGACGGGUCAGGGAGACAGCAGUUGGAGCCAAGAUGGAGACCGGCCGAGAUACGGGCAGUUGGACAGGAAGUGGGUCCUUUGGCACGAGUUCAUGCAGGAACACAGCCACCUGGAUGCCUGGCUGCGAUUGGCUGAGCAGGCCAUCAACACCUUGAGCCCCGCCCACCUCACCUACAGCGCCUCCAAGGAGGAGCUGAGGAGGUUCCAGAGGCUGCGGAGCGAGGCGGGAUCCCAGCUGAUCCGGUUGGACGGCCUGACCCGGAGGAACCGGACCCUUCCUCGGCUCUUCCAGGGUGCCGUCCAGGCUCGGCUGCUGGGGGCGGCGUGGGAAUGUGGGCGGCGAUGGGACGAAGUGGACGCCAAACUGGAAACCAUUACAGGACGACUGCAGCUCUGCGUCUCAGAGUGGGAGGAGUUUGAAGCAGAGAGGGAGGAGCUUGCGCUCUGGUUGGCGGAGAUGGACGCUCACCUCACGGAAAUCGAUCACAUGACAGGAAGUAACUGCGAGAAGCUGAGAAAGCUCCGGUCCUUCCAGCAGGCGUUGUGCGAGAACUCGGGUCGGGUCAACGACCUGCUGCGGCGCGGCGAGGAGCUGAUGCAGCGCCGCGAGCCGGCCGACGCGCGCCGCGUGGAGAGCCACCUGCUGGAGCUGCUGCGCCGCUGCAGCCACGUCUACGACAACAUUGCCCGCACACACACCCGGCUGCUCAGCACCACGCUGGUGUUCGAGGAUGACUCGGUUCUGACCCGGCCUGCAGAUUCUGGCUGUCCUUCAGAGUCUGUCCUCCAGUCGGACCUGGACCCGUCCUCGGUUCCGACCCGUCUCAGAGGUGAACCUUCAAAAAACCACCAGCUCUUUCCUUCAGAUUUCAGACAGUCCCUGAACGCAGCACCAACCGGGCUCGCCUGUCGACCUCCGACCCCUCCGCCCUCGCCUACCCAUGAGCACCUGGGGCUGGAGUGGGACCCUUCGGUAGACAUCGGCCGCUCUCUCUCUCACGAUGAUGCAGACUCUUCCUACUUCAGCGUCUGUACAGGUCUGUGCCAACCGGACGAGACCAAGAGGUGGAGCUACCUGAGCUCCUUCGACUCCUGCUCUGACAUCAGCGCUGACAUCACAAACCAGGAAGCAGCUCUGGAAUGGACGGACCAAACAGAACCAGGUCUGUUCUCACCUGUCGCCAUCAGACAGGAAGAGGACCAAUGGGCCGCCUCGACUCCUGAAGGAGAUGUCAACAAGCCAAUGAGGUUUGACGGUGGGCGGGUCAAGGCGUGGCUGAGGGUCCAAAGCUCCGCCCCUGCAGAGAUCAUGACUUCCUGUUCCAGGGCGGUGCAGACGGACGGAGACGGGAAGGACCGUCUCCAUAGUGAUAUUCUGACUCAGCAGGAUCUUCAUUUCGACAGCUGGCGUCGUCAUGACGACAGACAGCAUCCUCUUCCUGUCCCCUCCUCCAGGGAACCAGCAGGAGCUGUGAUUGGUUACCUUCAGUCUGCUCUACAGGAGGAAGAGGAGUCGUCCUGCUGUGAUGAAGAGGAGCAGCUUCUCUCUGAGCCCAGCAGAUCUUCCUCCUCCUCUUCAUCAGCACUCCUCUUCCUCCUCCUGGCUGCUCUCGCCCUGCUGGCCGGCCUCAUCCUGGUUGCCAUGGAGCCUCCCUGUCACCGUAGCAACAGGAUGCCACGCUCCCUCCACCUGACGCUGAGCUACGUCAACGGGCCGCCGCCCACCUGAAACCUAGUCAGGUCAAAGGUCAUCCUUCAGGGUCCCACGCUUUCAGAACCAAACCCCAAUCUCCUGAAGCCGCCGCCCGAUCCCAUCCGGUUUGAUCCGGUCCAGUCUGGUUCGAUCCGGUCUGGUCCGACUCUUUGAAGAGUCCGGCAGGGUUUCUCCUAACUUGGCAGCAGGAAGCGUUGGUCCCACGUCCUGGAUCUACUGGUUCUGGAGGUUCUGCAUGAUGAACCGGGUCUGGGCUCCUUAACUUCAGGACCGGACCAUGAACAGAAUGUGUUCGUUUGGAUCUUUUGGUUCUGAUUCAAGCCUGUGGAAAGCUUCCUGGAAUCUGAAUGAUGAAUUCCGGGAUGUUUUCCCUCCAGCGAGUUUUCCUGCUGCCUUGCUCUGAACCGGAUCUUCUUGUUUUACUUUUUCAAUAUUUCUUGUUUGAUGGUUUUUUGUUCCAGGUUUGAAUUUUUAAAAUAAUCUCUGUCCAGAUUUCAGGAAGAUUAUCUGCCAUGUGGAACAUUUCACUUUUUAUAUUUUGUUUCUAGAAAUGAAGGAAAAUCAUCUGGACUGUAAAAAAGUCCGUUUUUUGUAAAGGAAUAAAAUAAAUAAAAGUUGUGAAUUUGC